AUUAUUUCUAGAACAGAAAUUUAAAACAUUAGAAGAACUGUGUAGAGGUGAAAAAGAGAAAAGAGCAUCUAUAGAAUUACAAUUGCAAGAUUUUGAAAAACGUUGCCUAAUUAACUUAGCAUAAACACGUGAAGUUAUGGGUAUGCGUGAAUUAUUGGACGCUGCAGUUCAGAAACUACAAACGAUAGUAGAGAAGCAACAAUCAAUAAUUGAAAAAAAGAAUAGUUGUGAUGAAGAAGGUUUAAAUGAAAAGAUUAAAGAAUUAGAAGAAUUGUAUAGAGAUGAAGAACAAAUCAAUGCAUCAAAAAAACUACAAUUACACCGUUUUGAAGAAUAUUCCCUUAUGAAUUCAGCACAAACACGUGAAGUUACGGGUAUGCAUAAAUUAUCGGAGAUUGUUCAGAAACUACAAAAGAUUGUGGAGAAGCAGGAAUUAAUGAUUGAAAAAAAGAAAAAUUGUGAUGAAGAUGUGAUGAGUUUAAAAUUAGAUAUGACUACUGUUAAAAAAGAUUUGAAUACGUUGAUCCCAAAUAUCAACAACCUUAGCACUCGGAUAAUGUUUAUAGAAACAUCGAAACUCUCAAUAGCAAAUGACGACAAAAUUACGCUUUCGAUGCCAAUGAUUGUAUAACCUGUGUUUAAUUAUUCCUUAUAAUAUGAAUUAAAAUAAUUAUUCGUUAUAAAUUAUAUUAAUGAUUGAUUUAACUAUAUGUUGACCAGAGCAAUUCAUAUUAACGCAAC